GGUGUAUGUAUGUGUGGGAUUCCGAGAUAGCAAGGACUUCAUGCUACCCAUGAUACCUUUGAGGGCUGUGAUCCCUAACGACAUAGUGGAAGUCAAAUUUGGAAGUCAGGAAGGGCAGCGGGAGUCGCGAUGAUCCUGCGAAGUUUGGGGUAUGAAAGGUACGCUUGUGAGGUGGUUUACAGCCUAUACCUGGAGCUAGGAUCUACGCUUAAGGAAAGUGAGUCGGUGAGGGUGGUACAGGAUGUCAUAAACUACCUUUCCCUUUAUGGGCUAGAUGAUGGACUGGAUUGGUGGAACCACGUUCGGUACGAGGAAGGCGAUCGAAAGGCAAAGAAGAUGGUGGACGAGGUGGUUAAAAGUGUUAAGGAUGAAAGUUCGAUGGUUCAGCAGCCAAUUACGGUUGGACAGCUGGUGACAUUGUUGGAAGGUUGGGAGGUAAAACUGUCCAACAUCCCUAAGGUCCAAAUUUUUCAUUUCAAAGGAGAUAAAGUGUCAGAAUGGUUGAAAUUGCUUGAACAGAUCACUGACGAAAUGCCUGACGCGGAAAAGUUUCGUCAGGUACCGAAGUACGUUUGGUGGGAGAUGCGGCCAGAGGUGAUGCGCGUGGUCAGUGAGGCCAAUGACAACUGGGCUAAUUUCAAGGUUGAAAUGCAAAGGCGGUACCAGUUGGGGGAUGGACUCCUCACGGUGGAGGACCUGGAAAGGUUGGAGCGGUUAGACUUCACGAUAAUAGGAGCCUUUGCAACCGCUUUUGAGAAAAUGGCGAGGAAAGUCCCAGGACUGGCAGAAGAGACCCAGUGCGCGAUAUUCCUAAGCAGUUUCACUGAGUGCGAAGGGGUAUCGCUCACCAGGAAGGGAGGUGUGGGGCGAAAGCUAACUCGGAAGACCAUCAAACAAAGUCUGGCUGAUGGGGAGCUAGAUCAAGUAUACCAGUUUCAAAAGAAACAGCAACGCCAGAAGCGGAAGGUUAGGGUUGCCGCUGAAACAACUGGAAUUAAUCUCCAGCAACUUAUUGCAGAUGGGAUAGCGCAGUAUCAGGCUACCCAGCAAAAAGCGGUAGGAAAGCAGGUGAUAGUGGUCACUCAGCCGGCGGCAAAGACGACGAAGAAAGGAAAAACAGUGGAGCAGGUGGAAGAAGAGGAUGAGGAGGAGGAAGAAGAGGAGCCGGUGAAGCUGACGAAAAGUCAGCGAAAGGCUAGGAACCAGGCCGUGGGCGGUCAAGGGACAGGAAAAGGAUUACAAACUUCGACGCCGGCUCAGGCGAAUGCUAAUCAAGUAAGUGCAGUAGGAGUUUCGCCGCAAGCACAGGCUUCGUCACCACAAUGGGGUGGGCUUAAGCAGGGCUCCAAAAGGAGGUACAAACGCGUGACUGAGAAGAGUCAUCCAGUUCCUGUCCUCACAACUGCGGAAGAAGAGUUCUACUCUGAGCAGGAAUGUGAUUUGAUACGGCAAAUGAAGGAGGAUGCAGAACAUGGACCGUGCCGUAUCAAUGAGAGGACUGAGGGAGACCUGAUAAUAGGAGAGCCAGAAUUUCUCACUCCACAAGAGAAGGCCCUUAUGGUAGAGGUAAUGAAGGAGCGGCAUCGCGCAUAUGCGUUUGAUGAUGAUGAGCGCGGGCGUCUUGAUGUGGAUAAAGUUCCGAUGAUUCGGAUCCACACUGUGCCUCAUGUACCAUGGAAUUUGCGAGGGUCACGCUAUCCUGAUCCGACAGAGGAACGGAGAGUAGUCGACUGCUUGGAUGACAAGAUUCAUUCUCAUGUAGCCGACUAUUCAAGUGCGCCUUACACAUCACCAUGGUUCUGCUUUAUCAAGCCGAACGGAACCCUGAGGUGGGUGCAGAACCUUCAGCGCCUGAAUGCGGUAACGAUACGAGAUGCGGGAGGUUUGCCGAAUGCAGAUGCGCUGUCAGAAUCUUGUGCUGCCAGGCCUAUCAUUUCCCUAAUAGACCUGUACUCGGUGUACGAUCAGUUCCCGGUGUAUCCACCUGAUAGACCUAUGACUGCGAUGCAUACACCAAGAGGACUAAUCCAUAUGAAUGUGGCGCCACAAGGGUGGACGAAUGUUGUGGCGAUGGUGCAGAGGCAUAUGGUUCACGUUAUGCAGACGGUUAGUCCACAUCUUACGCAACCAUACAUUGACGAUUUGGCUGUGAAAGGGCGGAAGAAGAAGGAUGAGAUGGAAGUUAUGCCUGGGGUAAGGAAAUUUGUCUGGGAUUUUAUACAAGAUAUUGCUUGGAUUCUUGACAUUCCGAGGGAUUACAACUUUACCGCGAGCGGACUGAAGUCGAAACACUGGGAUAGAAAUCGGGCUGACGGGCUAAGCCGCAUAGAUUGGGAUAAGAGUGAAGGAGAGGCCAAGGAGGGCACAUCUCCAGUUGAUGCAUUCCUCGAUGAAGAAGAGGAUGAAAGACUCCAUAUUAAUGCAUGUGCGGUUGGAAUAAGUGAAGGAGUAAGACAAGGGGAAUCGACUUUUCUUGCGCAAACAAGCUAUGUGAAGCGGCCAUACAUAGUCAUCAAAACUUUUGAGGAGGAAGAUCCAUGGGGAGGUAAAGAUGUGGAAUGGAUGAAAAAACUCGCUCUCGCAGAAAUAUAUCGACUAUCUGAAGAGCGAUUGACUAUUGAAGAAGAGAUUCACGCGAUUGAGGCGCGUGUUAUGCAUGAGGCGGAUGUCAAUUUCCUUGUUAACUCGAUACUGCAAGUGCAGGAGGGUGUGAGUGGAAGUCAGGAUCCUGUAAAGGAUAUGGAAGAGGACGAGUUUGAGGAAGGAGAAAUAACAGAAGCAUUUCGUGCAAAGGAAUAUGAUGGCGUGUAUCGGGAAUUGGGGUUGCUUCUCUCGUGCGAGAUCAGGGAGAGAGAGGCUUCCCUAAGGGUGCAUGAGAUGUGGCCGCGAUUUGUAGUGCAUGACGGACACCUCUUUAUAAAAAACGAGGCUGGAAAUCCAAGGCGAGUGAUUUGCGGGAGACAUCGCCAGAUCGAUGUGAUCGCAGCACUACACGAUGGACCUGCUGGAGGCCAUGGAGCUUUUGCGCUUACUUAUGCUAAGGCGCGCGAGCUUUACGACUGGGAAGGUAUGAGCGAGAUGAUUCGUAAGUAUUGCGAGUCGUGUGUUCCAUGCGAGAUCAGAGCCUCAACGAAGUAUAAGGAGCCUCUACAUCCGAGGAUUGUGCGAGAUGCAGGGGCAGUGAUCCAUUUGGACUUACUGGUCAUGCCACCGGGAGUGGGAGGCUAUAAUUACAUUUUCGACGCUCGUGAUAAUCUCACAGGUUUUGUGGAUGGGAGGGUCAUCCGCAGUAAGACAGGUGAGACUCUGGCUAUGUGCAUCAUGGAAUACUUUCUCAGAUAUCCCUUUGUCAUGGAGUUCGUGAUGGACAGAGGUUCCGAGUUCACCUGUGGAGAAGUAAAGGACUUGCUGCAGGGGUAUGGUCUGAAGGCAAGCUAUACGACGAGGGUUCAUCCACAGGCGAAUGCUCUGGUGGAGAGGGGAUAUACCACCCUUACAAACUUAUUGGCGAAGUGGACGGAUGGUAAAGAAAAUCAGUGGCCUAAGCACCUGCGUGCAGCCUUCUUCGUGGAAAAUAUUACAAUCAAGAGAUCCACGAAGUAUGCCCCAGCGACCUUAUGGUAUGGAAGGCACGCUACGCUUCCUAUAGAGAGCUUUCUGACAACGUGGAGGCGGCAGGAUAUGGAGACCAACUUGACCUUCGAAGAAUUGCUGGAUCUGCGGGCAAGGCAGGUUGGCAUUGCGGAAGAGAGAAUUUAGGAGGCCGCGGAUGGAGUGAUGGACAGUCGAAUGAAGGACAAGGAGAGGU